GUUGACUUGGAUUGACCAUCUCUUGCUCUUCAAUUCAUUCACAAAAAUUUGCUAACUAUGUCCCCUCAAAACAAGAAAAAUUUAAAUAAUUUUUUCUCAUACUGACGUGGCGAGAGAAAUCAAUUUUUUAUUGACUUAGUACAGUACGAUUUCUCGUUGACAGUCAAAAGGAAAUUGUGUGAGUGACAACACCAUGGACUUCCUCCUCGUAUCUUCCUCGUGGACCGUUCCUUAUAUUACAUAAAUCUCAAUUAUUUAUUUUAUUUUCAUUUCAGGACUGCUCUGUCUCUGUCUCUGACACCCCUCUCUUCUCAGAACUCUCUCCCUCCCGUGUGAUUUUGCUCAGAGCUCUCUGUCAGUGGACGUGGACAUGGCCAUGAACAUGAAGUCAGCAAUGAACAAGGAGAUAUGCCUGUAUUGCAGGAGGGAGGCACCAAAUCUGAGGAAAGGGUGGCAGUUAGUCUGUAGCGGCUUCGCUCAGCUCUGCGAUGAAUGCGCGGCGAUUUAUGAGUCUGGGAGAUUCUGUGAAGUUUUUCAUGGAGAAAGCAAAGGGUGGAAAGAGUGCGAAAAAUGCGAUAAGAUGCUGCAUUGUGGAUGCAUCAUGUCACAACAUAAGCUUGUAAUGCUGGACUCCGGAGGUGUGAGCUGCAUGGAGUGCUUUGGUGAAGCAGAUGAACCCCCUUCCCCGCCUUUGUCUGAUGUGUCACUCGAGUCUUGGAAAAAUCCGGAUGAUCCUACUGCAGUUGGAGAACCGGCUACAUCAAUGGAAGUGGUUUAUGGGGCUGAACUUGGGGUAGAUCAUAUAGAAACUUUGGGUUCCGCCAUACCAGUAGAAUCAUCAGCUGAAGUGGUUUCUGAACUUGGGGCAGAUCAAAUGGAAGCUUUGGGUACCACAAUGCCUUCAACAUCAUCUGCUGAAGUGAUUUCUGGUAUAUUUCUCAUCUUUUGAAAUUUUCGCAAUAGCAUUCCAUAUUUCUUAAUGCUUUUGUGGUAGGAGUUGAACUUGCGGCAUAUCAGAUUGAAACAUCGGGUACCUUUAGAAUCAUUUGCAGUUUUUUUUUUCUUUUUAAAUCUUCUGCGAUUUUGUUAAAGUUGUAGUA